UCUAAAAUAUCGCUUCUGCAAUUUCUCGUCCUUUCUAUCCGUUUUCCCAGUUUUUAAUUUGUCUCUCUCUGCAAUUUCGGACUUUCUCUCUCUAAAACAAUACACGAAACACGAUGCAACAAAACCAAUACUACUACAAAAUCUAGGGUUUCAAAACUCUCUCUCCCCAUUUUAUCAUGCUUUUCCCUCGCUUUCCUCAAUCUCCAAAUUGAAGGGCUCCCGCCUGUUUUUUUCUGGUUGUUCUCCAGGUCUUCCGGUCUCGUCUUUUCUCGGGAAAAUUAUUUAGGCGAGAAAAUUUUCCUUGUGCGACCGUAUCUGGAGCUUCAUAUUUCGUUUGAUUGUCGAAGCUCGUUCAAGGAGGUUGCUAUGGUUUUUGUUAAAUUUGGUUGAGUCUGAAUGCGGUUAUGGAUCUGGAAGGGACACCACCUUCGACUAGUCUGGUCAAUUGUAGCGACUGUGGGUGUACUUCUUCAUUGAUGAGUCGGUCUUAUUCGGGGACAUGGCUUCGAUCUGUGAAGAGAAAGUUCCGUGAGUUUGAGGAAGGCAAUAGCUUUGUUAUUCCGGGUUUCGAUCAUCAAGACGUUGCUCGGGUGGAAUUUGAGAAUGAAUGCGGUGCGUUGCGUGAGAUGGUUGGCAGCCAACAACAAACCAUACAGGAGCUUUCUAUAGAAUUGGAGGAGGAGAGGAAUGCCUCAUCAUCGGCUGCCAAUGAGGCCAUGUCUAUGAUUUUGAGGUUGCAGAGGGAAAAGGCUGAGAUUCAGAUGGAGGCCCGGCAAUUUAAGCGGUUUGCUGAGGAGAAGAUGGCACAUGACCAGCAUGAGCUUUUUGCAUUAGAGGAUUUGUUGUAUAAGAGGGAGCAGGGUAUUCAAUCUCUCUUUUGUGAGGUGCAGUCUUAUAAACAUAAGAUGAUGAGCUAUGGACUUACAGAGGCUGAGAUGGAAGGGGAAAGAGGCAGCAUGACCCGCAAUAACAGUGUGGUUGAAAGCCUUGAUUCCCUAUCUGAAUUUCCCACCUACAAUUACCCUCCUCUCAAAUGCAACUGGAAUGAGAAUCAAGUUCACUCGGAGAUUGACAAUAAUGUAUCCAGUGUUGAGAAAUAUGCAUUUGAUGAGACUCCACGUUCUAGGGGAAGUUUGAAAGAUUUGGAGUAUAGGAUCAACCAACUGGAAGGAAGCCCCAGAGGCAUCCAGCGGGAUGAGGAAUUUCCCAGUACAAUGAAUGUGCUUGAAAAGGUGAUAGUUGGUCAGUCUCCUAAACAGCCUAGGCAUUUUAGGAGGUUUUCCUCUACUAGUUCGGGUUCAUUAUCUGCAAUGGAUAAAGAAAAGGGUCCAGAUUUUACAACUGAGUCUCAAAAGUACUCGCAGACAGAGGACUUAUCUAAUUUGAAAAGGGUGGAUGAUGCAUCAGAAAAUGGAGAUGACAUGAGCGACAGAGUUUAUACCAUUGAUUCUGUCCAUCAAGGAGAACCCUAUAAUGAUGCUACGGAGCCCAAGGCAUAUAUCAAAAUAUGUGAAGAUUAUAUUACUACUCCGAGAGAAUCACUGAAUUUAACUGAUGUUGGAGAUCCUGAGAUCCAGAAGCUGUACAUGAGACUUCAAGCACUCGAGGCUGAUAGAGAAUCAAUGAGGCAGGCAAUCAUUUCUAUGCGAACUGAUAAAGCACAACUCGUAUUGUUGAAGGAGAUAGCUCAACAUUUAUGUAAUGAAGUGCCACCAGCGAGAAGGACACCCGUGAGGAAGUCAUCUCUUAGUGGGGGCAUUCCCUUGAUGUCACUGUUCAAGUGGAUCGUGUCUUUUGUUUUUUGGAGAAAGAAAGCACAUAAAAGCAAGUACAUGUCUGGGCUAUCAGCCAACAAUGUGGGUUUGCGGAUGCUUUUGGAUUAUGGGCCUCAUGUGGGGCAGUGGAGAUGCGUUACAAGUACGAAAGUUUGAAACAAAGUUCUCAACCUUGGGUAUCCAUAUAUGAAGCCUUUGCUCAUCUAUGUGAACACCUCAAUCACACACUUUUAGAAUUUGCCUUCUUUUACAGGAUUCCUUGUUGCUGCAGAAUUUGUUGCUGGGUUGGUUUUGUGCAGUGUUCUUUCACUUCGUUUUCUAAGGAUUAAAUAGAUUUCGCUGGUUGGGAUUACAGUAUAGGGCACUCUGGGGCUUGCAUACUCACUCUUAUAUGGUUUGUUGGAAUUUAGCUUGAGGUAUGGUAUGUGUCCUCUCGUGUAGAUUUCACAUUCAUGCAUCCAGUGCGUAUUCUUUUUCUUAUUAAAUCACUUCAAUAUUCAUCUCUAUUCAGUGCAGGUUUGAUCCUGGAGUUCUUCUAAGCUGUUCUUCUCUCUCCGGUUAAAAUGUAGAUUUUGUUUUUUUUCUUGUGUGAAAUAUCAUUCUGUACACUGUUAUUGAUGGAAACGGGGCCAACUUUCUUGUCAAUAUCAUACACGGAAGCCCUUUGUUUUUUUCCCUUUC